UGUCCUACCGCGGCGCCAAUAGACUCGGCCUAAUUUAUUUUUAAUUUAUUUUUUUUUUUUGUUUUUGUUUUUUUCUUAAUUUCUCAUUAUUCUUCUUCUCCUUUCCCCUUCGGACGUCGUGGAUGACCUCUGUCGUUCUUUUCCUCCUGUCGAAUAUUUCGAGAACAUCUUUAGUCCCAUCUGAUCAUUUCUUGGCCGACUGGUCGGUUUCACGGCGUGCAUUCGUGUAGUUGCGCCCGGAGUAGAUCAACAGACAGAAAGCACCAAAACCAGAUUGAUUAGACGGAAGUGACAGUUGACUUGCUUGACGCAAGGAAUCCUCCAUAACGGUGGCUUUACUUGGUUAAAUUCGGAUUAUUGUCAUUUGCUUUCAAGCGUCAAGAUAAAAAUAUUCAAGAUGGCGACUCGAGCCCCUCUAGCCCCGCCGGCGAACGAAACGGAAUCCUCCGUCAGCCGGAUCACUCGCGAGGGCAAAAAGCUCACAUACAAACUCAGUGUCAUGCAGCAGCCUGAGCGUGCAAGAGCCUGCGGUGCAGGUGCUAAGUCGUCUGCCGACCGUCGUCCCGUCGAUCCUCCACCAGUCGUCGAACUUCGAGUAUUCGAGUCGGAUCCCAACGAUGACCUUCACAAGACUGACAUUACCUUCGCUUACAACGCCAAUUUCUUUCUGUUCGCUACCCUGGAAACUGCUCGCCCAAUGGCUCAAGGAAGAUUUGCCCCAAACCCAACGUGCCCAGUAUUGACCGGUGUGCCCGUCGCCGGAGUGGCCUACUUGGACCGUCCAUCUCAAGCCGGUUACUUUAUCUUCCCCGAUCUUUCCGUGCGUCACGAGGGUGUAUAUCGAUUGAAUUUCCAUUUGUAUGAGGAAACCAAGGACAGCAAGGAUGCGAACGAGAACACUCCGAUCCACUCCUCCAUGCCCAACGCAAACCCAUCCAAACCGGUGGCACCGAAGUCGUUCCUGGAUUUCCGUCUCGAGGUCGUGUCCGUGCCAUUCACCGUAUUUAGUGCCAAGAAGUUCCCUGGUUUGACGACGAGUACCUCCCUUAGUCGGGUCAUUGCGGAGCAGGGUUGCCGUGUACGAAUUCGACGUGAUGUUCGCAUGAGACGUCGGGGCGAGAAGCGCACAGAUGACUACGAGUACGAAGAGGAGCGGGUCUACCGAUCUUCCGACCGAUUCUCUACGCCAGAUGGAUACGCAGGUACUCCUAUUGAACGCCCUCGAUCGACCAGCAUCAGUACUGUCGACCCGUCGUUCCCCUACGGCGCUGAUGCCCAACGUCGGUCGUCAGGGGCGACUGAGUACGGGUUCCAGAGCGCACAGCCUUAUCAGCGACCCAUGCCACCUGCACCCGCGCCAGCCACCUCAUCUACCUCCGCACCUCCUGCCCCGCCAUCCCAUACUUCUACAUAUCAGUCUCACCUCUCAUUCGGCUCAACUCAAACCCAAUAUCCGACUCCCCAACUGCCCCCCACACCCCAGUCCGCAUCAACGCCGACAAACGUGUACUCUCCUCACCCAUCAUAUUCUCAUGCUCGAAACCCCUCGACGAGUGCCGAGUAUGAGUCGAACAGUUACCCCUAUCCUUCUUCGCGGGUGUCUACGGAGCGUCCCAGCUAUCCCAAGGCCGGCUUACCUCCACUCCGUUUGGAGCCGCCUAAGACGCUAAAUAUGCAGCCUAGCGAGUCCCGCUCGUCGGAUCCGAAUACAUAUCAAUCCAUGGCUCAAUCGACAGCUCGAUCACAGACACCGUCGAGCCAGGUGCCAUCGCUUCCGCCCCUCAAGGCUCUAUCGGGGGAGUAUGCCAACAAUCUCUCCCAACCCCUGGGCAUCUCGCAAAGCCCCGGUCUUGAUCUGGGCGCUGGCAAGAAGUUCUUAUGGGACACGGGAGCCAGUUUAUCCAAGCGGUCGUACGAAGAUACAUUUGGCCAUGAUGAUCGUCCGCUCUACAAUGGCAUGCGCCCUGAUCCGGACGGUUAUCCUAGGAGGCUGUCAGAUUCCGGGCGAAGCUUCUAUAACGACACGCGAGAUGAGAUGGCGUAUAAACGGGCCAAUGGAAGGAUGGCCACGAAGAUCUCUCCUGCUCUGCAGUAAAGAGACCCAGUUCUCACUUUUCAUUGCAUGUUCUUCUCCCGCUCUCU